AUGGCCUCGUCUCUAGAUGAUAUCGCAGCCUCGUUGGCUGCUUACUGCGCCUUCAUCUCAGCACAGAACCGCCGUGCUCUUGAAGUUUACGUACCAUUCAUUGCUGCCGCUGUACCUGACGACCUGGAAGACGACGACGAUGUCGAAGAGCUCCGCCUAGACGGCCUCAACACGCUCCUCGACGCCAACCUCCAAGAUUUUGGCGUUUCAGAGCCCAUCAAGGUUCUCACGCGCUACGAUGAGCUGGCACCGAAGAUUGGCCUCGACGGCACGUAUGUGAUGCAAGAUCACGAGGGCACCUCUGAUGAGCGUGAGGCUACGCGCCGCGAGUAUCUAUCCAUUAUCGAGGAGAAUCUGAGACGAAAGUCUAGAGAGGACGUACGGGAGAGCAUUUCAAUUCCCGAGGACUUUCGCGUGCCGGCCGGGCUCGUUGAUGGUGUUGUGGGCUACGGGCUGCCCGUCUUCCGGAAUGAGACACAUCCGGCCUUCUGGUGGGGCUGCCGAGUGUACCUUUGCCCACACGCUGAAAGGGUGAUGACGCCUGAGGAUCUUACACGACAUGCGAAUCUUCCUGACUGCUGGUAA